AUGGGUGUAUCCAAGUCCGACGCGAUCGUUAUCGUUGGCGGAGGCGCCUUCGGCCUCUCUACUGCUCUUCAUCUUUCCCGAAAGGGGUAUACAAAUAUCUCCGUCUUUGAGAAAGAUGACCACAUCCCUCCCCGAUUCUCCGCGGCCAACGAUCUUAACAAGAUUGUGCGGGCUGAAUAUGAGGAUCCGUUCUACACCGACCUGACCAUUAAAGCAAUUGCGGCUUGGAAAACUCCGCUUUUCGCACCUCACUUUCACCAGACUGGUUUCUUGCAUUGUGUGUCUGGAGCAGCACCGAAGAAAGCCGCUGAGACCCUGCAGAGAUUCCGGGCUUCCGCAGAGCGAAAUCCUCAAAUGAAACUCCAUGUCGUUCCCCUCGAAGGAGUGGAGGAUAUACGUCAGGCUGCUUGGCAGCUUACCGGCCAACUACCUGGAUGGUAUGGAUAUUUCAAUCGCUUCGAUGGCUACGCCCACUCUGGCAACGCCCUGGCAGCAGUAUACCGCGCGGCCCAAGCAGAAGGUGUACGCUUCUUCCUGGGCGAGCAAGGCGCAGUCGACGAAAUUGUCUACGUGAGCGCCUUGACCGGACGCAAGUGCGCUGGCAUUCGAACAAAGAACGGCCGUUUUCACCCUUCAGCUCUGACCGUCGUUGCAGCAGGUGCUGGUGUCGGGCGUCUGGUCCCCCAGCUCGGUACUCAGGUUGUUGCCAAGUCGUGGUCUGUUGCCCAUGUGCAUCUGACUGAUGAAGAGACGUCGGCUCUUCGUGGAAUUCCUGUCACCUACGCCCGCGACCUGGGCUUCUUCUUUGAGCCCGAUCCCAAGACGAACCUGCUGAAGCUGUGUCCCAUGGGUGGUGGGUAUAUCAACACUGAUCCAAAGACUGGUGUUUCACAUGCACCAGACACUUUGCAGGAGAGUGCUUUCCUGCCCGAGGAUGACGAGAAACAGCUGAGGAAGCUCCUGGCUCAAACACUCCCGACUCUGGCAGAUCGGCCUCUUGUGAAGAAGUCUCUGUGUUGGUUUGCUGACACCAAUGACUCGGAUUUCAUUGUUGACUACCUUCCCAACAUGUCCUCCUCUAUCAUUGUCCUCUCUGGUGACUCAGGGCAUGGCUUCAAGAUGUUCCCUAUUGUGGGGUCCUUCGUCACCGAUCUGCUUGAGGCCCCCGAUGAUAAGCAGUCUGUUGUACGCUGGCGGUGGAAGGAGUCUGACCCUGAUGCAGGCAAGGGUGACUGGGGAGGUGACGUUAGCUGGCGUCUUGGAGAGUCCAAAGAACUUUCCGCAAUCAUGCCGCCAAAAGCUUCGAAACUGUAA